AUGAAUCCUUUCGGCAACUCAGGCGGCGACGACUUCUUCGGCGGCAUGGGCGGCCCGUUCGGCGGUCCAAUGGGUGGCAUGGGCGGUGGCCCCUUCGGCGGUAUGGGAGGCAUGAUGGGAGGUGGCCCCCCUCCUAUGAUGGGCCGUGGCGGCGGUGGUGGUCCUAUGGGCGGCGGAACCCCGCGUCAAGGCGGAUACUCGUUCUCCUCUACCUUUGACUCCUCGCGCCCUGAAGGCCAACAGUACCAAGAGCACCACGAGCCCUUCGGCGACUACGCUGGCAGCCGUGGUGGCGGCGGCGGGCCUAUGAGCGGCAUGAGCGGCAGCAGCCAUGAACCAGCUCAGCGUGGUAGUAGUGGCCGUGGCAUCAUGUUCUCCGGUCUCUCACGCGCAGACAACCCAUUCAGACAGUCACGCACUGCUGGCACUAGCCGCGCCCAAGAACAGCCUAGCUACGGCCAACAGCGCUACAUGGACGAUCGAGAUUACACCCGCGGUGGUGCCCAAGAUCCGCGGUAUGGAGCUGGACACGAAGACCCGCGUGCUGGUGGACAGUAUGGUCAUGGUGGAGGUCCGGGCCGUAUGUUUGAUUAUGGGGGUUCUCGUCGUCAACAGCCAUCUGGUCGGCAGGGGUACUACGAAGAUGACUCGGAUUCAGAGGAUGAAGGGUAUAGGCCGCAGCAGCGGUAUGCUCCUCAGCAGGCUUAUGGUGGUGGUGGUGGUAGUUCGCGUCGUGCUGGCGGUGGAGGAGGUGGUGGUGGACGCCAGUUUUUCAACUUUGAUCUCAUCGAUGCCGACAUUCUCGUUGUCUACCAGGCGAAAGAGAUUGGUAGUCGCCUAAAAGACCGACAAGGAGUUGCAGACGAAGCAUUGAAGAAGCUGUAG